GCGGGCUGAUGAGGCGCGCGGUGCGCCGGGGUCAGGUGUCGGCCCGCCGCGCGGGGCUGCGUGCCAUGCUGCUGCCGUGGGUGCGGCGGGCGGACGCGCGCCGGCUGGCCCGGGUUCUGCCCUUGGCGUGCAGCUGCUCGCAGCGGAGUGCCCUGCCGCGGGGCUACAGCCAGGGGGCGGGCGGGAAGGCCCUGCUGCUGGGAGCCUACGCGAGCGAGCGGGAAGGCGGCGGCGCGCAGCUCAGCGCGGCGGGGGACGCGUUCGACGGCCGCGUGUCCGGGAGGCUGCGCGAGCUGCUGGCCGCAUGCGGGGCCCCUCUGAAGAAAGGCAAAGCACGCAUAUUCCAUGGUUUGCAUCAGGACUUUCCAAGCGUGGUUGUAGUUGGUUUGGGUAAGAAGAAUGCUGGAAUAAAUGACCAAGAAAACUGGAAUGAAGACAAAGAAAAUAUCCGUGCAGCUGUUGCAGUUGGUUGUAGACAGAUCCAAGACCUGGAAAUCCCCUGUGUUGAAGUGGACCCUUGUGGAGAUGCUCAAGCAGCAGCAGAAGGUGCUGUCCUUGGAUUGCAUGAAUACAAUGAGCUGAAGCAAAAAAAGAAACCUGUAGUUACUCCUCAGCUUCAUGGAAGUGCUGGAAGUGAAGCCUGGCAGAAAGGUGUUAUCUAUGCGGAGGGUCAGAAUCUCGCUCGGUACCUUAUGGAGGCUCCAGCUAAUUAUAUAACUCCAAUCAAAUUUGCUGAAUGUAUUGAACAGAAGCUUGGAAAUUUUGCUAGCAAUGUGAAGGUCCAUAUAAGGCCAGAGUCUUGGAUAGCAACACAGCAGAUGGGAGCAUUCCUGAGUGUAGCCAAGGGUUCAGCUGAACCUCCCAUCUUUCUGGAGAUUCACUAUUUAGGAGGUGCUAAUGCAGAUGACUCUCCCUUGGUAUUUGUAGGAAAAGGAGUUACGUUUGACAGUGGUGGCAUUUCACUGAAGCCAUCAUCGGGUAUGGAUGCGAUGAGAGCAGAUAUGGGAGGGGCUGCAACGGUCUGUUCAGCCAUUGUGACAGCAGCAGCUUUAAAUCUGCCUCUUAACAUAAUUGGUUUGGCACCCCUCUGUGAAAACAUGCCCAGUGGUAAGGCAAACAAGCCUGGGGAUGUCGUUAGAGCCAAGAACGGAAAAACAAUCCAGGUUGAUAACACAGAUGCAGAAGGAAGACUGCUAUUAGCUGAUGCUCUCUGUUAUGCCCACAGUUUUAAUGCAAGGGCUAUUGUGAAUGCUGCAACAUUAACAGGUGCCAUGGAUGUUGCACUGGGGUCUGCUGCAACUGGAGUGUUCACAAAUUCAUCUUGGCUUUGGAAUCACCUUUAUGAGGCCAGCAUCGUGACAGGAGACCGAGUGUGGAGAAUGCCUCUUUUUGAACAUUACACAAAACAAGUAACAGACUGCCCUCUCGCAGACCUGAGUAACAUUGGGAAGUACAGCAGAGCUGGAGGAGCGUGCACGGCUGCUGCCUUCCUGAAGGAGUUUGUGACUGCCCCUCACUGGGCUCACCUGGACAUUGCUGGUGUGAUGGCCAACAAGGACGAGGUGCCAUACCUGCGGAAGGGCAUGGCUGGGCGCCCCACCAGGACGCUCGUGGAGUUUGCGGCUCGGUUAAGCCAAGACAGUCACAGUCCCAAAUAAAAUGCUUAAACGUUCAUUCUAAAAUCAUCCGCUCUGCCUUAAGGAAAAAAAAAUGCAGUAAUGUCUGGGUAAGUGAGUGCCCCAGACAUACUUUCACAGAAGUGAUGAACUGCACAUUUUAUAAAUCACAAACAUCUCACUUGUGAGACUUUUCUUCCUCUGUUAUACAGCUUUAAAGUAAAAAUACGCUGCUGGACCUACCUGAGGUAUUUAAUACCAGACUGUGACCAUGGGAAAUGCUGUAUGUAUGAAGCAAGCACAGUUCUUGUAAACAAUAAAUCUUGCACAGUGUG